GACACUCCUCACCCAUCAAGACAAAACCCACAUCAGAACACAACCCUUCUCUCUCUAGAUCCCUCUCUCUCUCUCCCCGAGAUCCAUAUCGAUGGAGCACGAGGAAAUUCCGUCAAUGCCCUCGACUCCGGCGACGCCAGGGACACCGGGAGCUCCGCUGUUCGGAGGGUUAAAGGGGUAUAAUGGGAAUAACAACGGAAGAUAUACACCGAAAUCACUCCUCAAGAGCUGCAGAUGUUUCAGCGUUGACAAAGAAUGGGCCCUCGAAGAUGGUAGACUCCCUCCUGUCUCUUGCUCUCUCCCUCCCCCUCCCGUCUCUCUCUACCGUAAGGUGGGAGCUGAGUUCGUGGGGACGAUGAUACUGAUAUUCGCCGGAACGGCGACGGCGAUAGUGAACCAGAAGACGAACGGUGCGGAGACGCUGAUAGGAUGCGCCGCCUCGGCCGGUCUGGCGGUUAUGAUCGUUAUAUUAUCGACGGGACAUAUCUCCGGUGCCCAUCUCAACCCGGCCAUCACUCUCUCCUUCGCUGCCCUCAAACACUUCCCUUGGAAACACGUGCCGGCGUACAUAGGAGCUCAGGUGAUGGCGUCGAUGUGUGCGGCGUUUGCGCUGAAAGGAGUGUUUCAUCCGAUGAUGAACGGAGGAGUAACGGUGCCGACGGUGGGCCUCAGCCAAGCCUUCGCCUUGGAGUUCAUCAUCAGCUUCAACCUCAUGUUCGUCGUCACUGCCGUCGCCACCGACACCAGAGCCGUUGGAGAGUUGGCAGGGAUAGCGGUCGGAGCAACUGUCAUGCUGAAUAUACUCAUAGCCGGGCCUGCAACUUCUGCUUCGAUGAACCCUGUAAGAACGCUAGGACCAGCUAUUGCAGCAAACAAUUACAGAGCCAUAUGGGUUUAUCUUACAGCUCCGAUUCUUGGAGCCUUGUGCGGUGCUGGAACUUACACGGCAGUGAAGUUGCCUGAGGAAGACGACGCACCACAGGAGAAGAGGAGUUUCAGGAGGUGAUUGAAAGAUUUGACCAAGAAAAGGUUCACGUGUGGAAAUAUGUUUUGCUGUGUGGAUUUGUGUUCUCUAUAUAUAGCAUUGAUAUAGCAGAAGCUUAUGUUUAUGUAUCAACAUGUGUGUACUAUAUGGAUCGAUUGAAAAAAAAAAUGCAUCAGUUCCACUCUA